UAAAAAUGUACAUUCAUCCGUUUACUUCUCCAAAGGUGGCUGCAACCCCUUUAUCAAACCUAGCUCCCCUCAGCUCUAAUGCUAGAGGCAGUCUUCUGCAACCCAGCAGAAGGAUUUCUAGAAGAAGCGGCACAGAUACUCGACAUCGUGCUUGGAAAACAGGGUCGAGAACUUGCCAUAGAGGAGUAGAAGUCUGCAAAUCUCGGGCAAAUCAAAGAAAGUAUCAUCCCACUAGCAAUUUUAAUGACCGUUCACCUAUGCAAAUGCCUGAAAUAGGAACAGGAAAUGUAAUACCUUCUACUCAUAAGCAAGCAUGUUCAAAAAGAAUUCUGAGAGAUAGCUUUACAAGUGAGUUAGAAUCAAGAGUUCUGACUCCUAGUUUGAAGAAUCAUGAGAUCGCAAAAAUUAGAGAUGAAAACAAUCAGAGAUUUAGCAAUUUGAUGAGAGCAAUUCAAGAACCUAUUUCAUACGAAGGACCGAAGUAUAGAUCAAAGAAUCAUGCCAAAAUUGACAUCCCAGAUAGUCUUAAAUGGGAAUUUGAUGAUAAGGGACAGCAAGCUCUAGAAGAAUUGCAACAGUUCUUUGAGAGAGAUAGUGCAUGAAGUGACGAAGAAAAUAAUAAAGAAAAAGAAGAAGAAUCAAUAAAAUUUAGCAUUACUAAGAUGGGGUUUGACAAGCCAAUUAAGCAAGAGACGAAUAGCAAAACUUCUCCUAUUAAAUUUCAACUUUCUGAUUUUCAAAUUUUGCACACCCUUGGCAAGGGCACAUCAGGAAUAGUUAAACUAGCUAAGCAUAAGAAAAAGAAUUGUAAAGUUGUUUUCAAAAUAUAUGAAAAAUACAAACUAAUCGAAAGUCAGUUAAAAUAAAGCAUUGUUUAAGGAGAUAGAAUUGCUAAAAUCUGUAUCUCACCCCAACCUCAUCAAGCUCUAUGAUGUACUAGAAGAUGAAAAACAUAUAUAUCUUAUAAUGGAAUACAUUAGUGGUGGCUCUCUUCAACAGCAAAUGAGAGCAAGGUCAAAGAAAAUAACUGAGGCCGAAGCUAAGAAAAUAUUCAUGCAACUUUCGAGCGCAAUAAAAUAUCUUCACUCAAAUAAUAUCUAUCACAGAGACAUAAAGUUAGACAAUAUUCUUCUUGACUUCAAGAAGAAUAUUAAAAUUAUCGAUUUUGGCUUUAGCAUUAACUGUAAACCUUCAAAUAAGCUAAAGGUAUUUUGAGGAACCCCAUGAUAUAUGGCUCCAGAGAUUAUCAGUAAGAAGCCAUAUCAUGGUGGACCAAUAGAUAUAUGGGCUCUUGGAAUAAUCCUUUACACUUUACUUAUUGGAAAUUUCCCCUUCCAAGGAAGUUGAGAGUCAGAGCUAUACUCAAAGAUUAAACGAGGUGUGUUUAAUAUCCCUGAUACGAUAUCUUUCACAAUACGGAAACUAAUCAGAAAGAUGCUAACACUUGAUCCUACCAAAAGACCCACAGCUAUAGAACUCUACAACGACGACUGGAUCAGAGGCGAUUCCAAACACCUCAAAAAGAUGACUUUAAAAAUGAUAAACGACCAAUACUCCCAAAACCCUCUUGCCAAAAUCCUGCAAAAAUCCACCCCAAAAUCCCUUCUAUUCCAAACCCAGCACUUCCGGUCCUCAGCCAGGUCAUCCUUCUCCCAAUCCAAAGUCCCCUCCAACCCCGCUUCCUCUCCCAACCCCAAAAGCAUGGGCAGCACGUACAAACAGAUGUCUUCAAAUCUGUUCAAUUAGUCAAUACAGUUCAGCCACAGUGGAUUUUGAG